GAGGCGCGAGGCGAAAGAUGCUGGAGAUGCUGAACGAGAUCCCCGUCGCAUGCACAACGGUGGAAGAGGUUGGAUCCACUGGAGUCGGUGCGCUCACUAUCUCUUUCUUGAUCUUCAUCGUUUCGUGCAUUGUCUUCCUUUCGAAGGCCAACACGUCAGGAGAGCAGCGAAAAUAUUAUUACUUGAGCUCGUAUGCAUGCGGGUUCGCUGCCAUGGCCUACUUUGCUAUGCUUUCCGGACAGGGUUGGACGGUCAUUGCUGGAUGCAGGCAGUUCUUCUACUCGCACUUUGCGGAGAGGCUCAUCACUAGCACUCUGAUUCUCAUCCUCAUGGGAAACCUUGCUGGUGCUGGACCGGACCUCAUGUUCGGGGCCUGCGGAUCGAAUGCCAUCUACAUGAUUGCUACCUACAUGGGAUCGGUGUCGGUCGUCACUACGGUGAAGUGGUUCUGGUUUUUCAUUGGUCUUGUCGGGCUUUUUGCUACGUUGGUGCACCUGGCAUUGAGUUUCAAGAAUGCAGUGGAUGUGAAGGGAGGCGAGCGAGCUCAGCUGUACUCCAAGGGCGCUUGGCUUCUUAUCCUUGCCUGGAUGUGUUACCCCAUCGUGUGGCUCUUCUCCGAGGGAUUCGCAUCGUUCUCGGUCUCGUUCGAGGUCUGUGCCUAUGCUGUGUUGGACAUCAUCUCAACAGUCGUGCUCGGCUUCAUGAUCAUGUCUGGCCAUGACUAUCUUGGAGGAAGCGCUCCAUCGCAGUCUCGCGAAUAUGUCUAAAUAGAAAACAUCCCAGGCUAGUUGAGCUGAUUGACGAACCAUCUGGAUCUGAUGAGGUUGGGAGGGCGCAUACGAGCUCAUUUCAUCUCGUUUGUGUGUUGCUCUCAUGAAAUAUAGACUUGUGAUCCUUGAUGAGAGUUGGUGGCUUUUUAAACCAUAAAAUUCAUUCGCAACCAACUGAAUGAAAACGCAGCUAUUGGC